GCCUAUUAUAGAGUUCGGAGCAUUUAAAAAUUUCUUUAGAAAUUAUUUUUACGCUCCUAACUCGUAUAGUAAUCAGAAUGCUCAAUACACAUAAAAGAAGAAGAGAAUGCUCAAUAUACAUCCAAUUGUGUAAACAUACUUUCUAUAAUAUAGAGGGAAAUGUGGACUAAGUUUGUACCUAUGGAGAAGCGGCCGUCCCCUUUCCUCUUUACAACAUUUGUUUUAAUAUGCUUGCUGAACCUGAAACUAUUAGUGACGUUAUUGCUUUUUAAAUUGUUAGCUAAAUGUUUACGUUAAGUGCUUUCUAUUUGAGCUGCAAUAAAACUCGUGUCGUGGAAUUUGCCUUUACAAUAAUGGCAAGCCCAUGCAUCUAUAAAAUGCGGCUAUAUCAGAAGUGCAUUCGAAAUAAAUGGUCAAGAUGUUGAUACCGUCAACCAUAUAUUUUCCCAUUGAAAUAUUACUAAACACAAUAAUUAAUAACUAUUUGCAAACGUCUUUUUGCUUAACGUUUGUCACUGAAACAGAAUUAAUGAUUAACUUACCAUUAAACAUGAGCUCUAUGAGAAUAAUACCUAAUAAUUCAGAACUGGUACAGCAAAUUUUGGAGACAUCGGAAAAAGCUUGUACCGAUUACAUUAUACAAAUGGAUGAACCUCGAAAUUUUAUGAUAGCUUUUGACAAGGUCAAUCAUGUUGGGGAUGUAAGGAGAAGUGACAAAAAACUCAUAUUUCUACCGCUAGAAGACGAAUUUUACAAUCCAAGUGUCCUUACUGAUCUUUUGUCGCUGAAGGAAACUGGUUACGUUCCUAAUAUUUUGUUAAUAACACCUACUGGACAAAAAUCAUCAGACUGUAAAAUAUACGACAUGAUAACUCAUACAUUUGUCGGUGCCGAAGAACAAAUACAAGAUCCUUUGUACUUGGAUCGUUGGGAUUCUUGUACCGAAGGGUUUGAAAAUGAGGUAAAUUUGUUUCCUCAUGACAUGUCCAAUCUAUACGGCAAGAAGGUCAAAGUAGGAGCAUUUACGUAUAAACCAUACGUAUUAUUAGACCUGGAGCCAUCUCUGGCUCCGCUAGGCCGCGAUGGUAUAGAUAUACGUUUCAUAGAGGAGUUUUGCAGGUGGAUUAAUUGUACAGUGGAAAUCGUGAGACCCGACGACGGACAGGAGUGGGGUGAGAUUUAUGAAAACAACACAGGUAUCGGCCUAGUCGGAAAUCUGGUCGAAGAUCGAACUGAAAUUGGAAUUACAUCGCUCUAUUCCUGGUACGAAGAAUACAGGGCAUUGGAUUUUUCAGCUCCAAUUAUUAGAACGGCUGUCACUUGCAUUGCACCCGCACCUAGGAUUUCGUCAAGUUGGGACUUACCACUGGUGCCAUUCUCCUGGCUGAUGUGGAUGUGUUUGAUAGCCACUUUCUUCUUCGCUUCAUUUGCCCUUUUUGUAGCGCAGCGGUCUACUGACGACAUUUUCUUCGUUACAUUUGGAAAUAUGAUAGGUCAGAGUCCCGGAGACUCAAGUUCCUGGCGUAUACGUAGCAUCUCCGGCUGGAUGCUAGUGACAGGCCUAGUCAUAGACAAUGCGUACAGCGGCGGCCUGGCGUCCAGCUUCACGGUCCCCAAGUACGAGGCCUCCGUAGACACGAUACAGGAUCUGGUGGACAGGAAAAUGGAGUGGGGCGCUCCUGUAGACGCUUGGUUAUAUUCUAUGAUACUUUCUGAAGAGCCCCUAAUCAAGAGUGCAAUAAGUCAAUUUAAAGUUUAUCCACCAGAAACAUUGACAAAAAAGAGCUUUACACGGAGUAUGGCGUUCAGCAUUGAACGCCUACCGGCGGGAUCCUUCGCGAUCGGCGAGUACAUAACCAAGGAAGGAGCCAAGAACCUCGAGCUGAUGGUGGAGGACAUGUAUUACGAGCAGUGCGUGGUGAUGACGAGGAAGAGUUCACCGUAUACCGCCAAGCUUACCGAGUUGGUUGGUCGUCUUCAACAGUCUGGGUUGUUGCUGUGUUGGGAGACGCAGAUCGCUUUGAAAUAUUUGGAUUUCAAAGUGCAACUAGAAGUAAGACUGUCUAGAACAAAGAAAGACAUAGAUGGAGUUGAGCCGUUAAACGUAAAACAGCUAUUGGGUAUCUACUUGCUUUACUUUGGAGGACUCUCUAUAUCAAUCGUAGUUUUCAUUGCGGAAUUGCUCAUUAAACGCGGUAAAGCUGUAAUAGUUAUAUAAAUUACAUAAUAUAGAAUGUGAUUUAUUUAUAUUUGUAUCUACAUAUGAUGAACGUUUAUAUUAGUUUGCACUUUGCCUGUUUGGACAAAAUAAAUCCAAAAUUUUCAUUGCUAUUUCUGAACAUUUGCUCUACAUGGAAUGGUAUUAAAUGACAUAAAUGAUAAUGAUUGAAUUAUAAUGACGCUAACUUGUAUUUACUUUUUGAAAUACUAAUUAUUUAUUGUUGACUUUUAUCUUUAUGUAAGCAUAUGACAUUCGCAUUUUUUUCUAUUUAUAUGACAUUUGUAUCAGAAUAAGCUUGAAUUGAUGAUAUUGUUUUGUUAAUUUUUAAAUGAUUUAAUGUGUAAAAUCUAAUUCAUGUGGAGUGACUUGGUUCAGCACUGUAUACUUACACGUGAUUUUAAAUCACAAAUAAGUUAAAUUGAUAGUUAUUUGUUUUACAAGGUGGCAAAGUUGUUGUUUAACCGCUCGUGCUAAUAUUGAUACCCGAGUAAGCGAAGGAUUCCAAAACUCGAGAAGUGGCAUCGUUGCGAGAGUUUCAAGGCACGAGGGUUAAACAAACUUUGCCCCCGAGUGAAAUACAAAAUUUUUCACCACACCAACGCCAGGAAAAUACUCAUCAUGAAAUAACAAAAAAAAAAACAAAUCAAAUCCAAAUGAACGUAAUAAAAAACAUCAUUUAAAACUUCAUUUAAUAGUUAAUUCUACCAACAACAUAAGAAAACAACUCAAAAUUUGGAUCUCAUUACUUUGCCCUACAUGUGGAUAAAAUGCAACUUUCUCAUUAGUCUUUGAAAAAUCAAGAGGGCCGUUACCAGUUGGUGUUCUGAAAAUGAAAUGUCAUAGUCUUAAAAAUUAUACGUUACCAAAAAUACAAAAAGAUGAUGUUAUUUAAGAUGAGGGCUGGUCAUUUUUGUCUUUGUACUACUAGCUAGUAUGUAACACGUAUACUGUACGUCAGUUAAUAUGUCUGGUAACUUUACCCGCUGAAAUAAAUAUUGGAUAAUAUUAUUUUCUGUGCGUUGAUAUAUGUCAAUCGAGAGGUUACCCUAAAGAGUAAAGUAAGGGUUACCUGAACAAACCGAAACGUCUGCAUUGUACCAUAAAUUAAUUGGAUGUAGGUAGGUCACUUCACUCACUACCAGAACUAUACUUUUAAUGUUAAGAAAUGUUGUUUUCGAUGUACGACAUACCAUAGUUAUUUUUGCAACAAGAGAGAAAAGUUGGUUUUUCUUGUGAGUGUUGAUUUUGAGUCCCGAGUAAGCGAAAGAUUCUAUAAUUGAAUCACGAGCGAAGCGAGAGUAUACAACUUUUCACCUCAGUAGUGAGAUCAUAUUAAAGGUUAAAAAAAUUCAACAUCAACUAAAGUUAACCACGUUUAUUUACAUUCAUGAAUGGAAGGCAUCAUCAUUAUGAUGAAAGCUUCUAGAAAUAUUCCUGUAUUCAUGGCCUUCACUAAAUUAAAAAGCUACUUUCUCUCACUCCCUGGAGUGACGAAAGUAGGCUUGUUCGAGCUGCUGAGGUGAAAAGAAUAUGGCAAUAUAUAAGAAUAAGAAUAUAUAUGAGGAGGCAAGUGUCAUGGGGCCUGGUACAACUCGCGAUGGUAUUUUCAGAUAAAAUAUUAUAUUUAGCAUAGUAGUUUAUUUAUUAAUUAAGAAUAUAUUCAAGUUUUAUUUUAAUGAUUAUUGUCUAUACCAUUAAUUUUACGCAAUAAGCAAUAUUUAAUAAGAAUUUGGUACGUGUUCAAAAUAGUCUUUCUCGCAAACGUGUACCUGCCUGCAAUUAUACCUAGUUAUGGCAUUUACGACGAUGCUGUCAACUAACACCGUUCAUUUGAUUGCAGUGUCUUGCCGAGUGAGCAUUGAAUCUAUUUUAUUACGGCAUAUCGGUAGUGAUUAUUUAGUAGUAGUAGUUAGUAUAUCAAACCACAAAAAGUGAUUAAAAAUUCUUUUUGGAUCGAAUUAGUGCGAAAGCCUAAAAAAUUAUAAUUUAGAGAAAUAUCGGUAGAUAAAACCGACUCGGGCUUCACUUAUUAUUAGGUAAAUAAGUAUUAGUUAUCCAUAGGAGUAAUUUAGUGUUAUUUGAUCAGCAAUUUUAUGUUUUAUUGUUAUUUGAUCAAGAUAAUUUUGUAAAUAAUCAAGUAGACUGAAACGAUACCCAAUCAUAUUAAAAAGACAUACUAAUUGUUAUUCAUAAAAUUUAUUUGAUGGGCCAGUGUAAACGAAGUGACUUCAAGCCCUUCAUUCACAAACCCGCUAAGAUCUAUUCCCCAGUAUAAAUUGACCGGUAGAUUCGUAACAAUUGUGGGUACGCGAAGAUCAUAAGAUAGUGGCUACUUUAAGCGCACUCUGAACGAUGUUGUCAAUGAUGGUUACUAAACAGCUUCAAUUUUCUGAGUACAUAAUGAUAUAAUGAAACAUACUAUUACCUCGUCAAUAAGAUACACAUAGCUUAAAUAAGUAAUAAAACGGCCAAGCGAAAUAUUUCUGAAUUUUCACGUGGGUUCCCAUAAAUUAUUAUAUUUAUUAUGAUAGUCAAGUUAAGAUAGUGGUUGUCGUUGUAUUCCCACUGUCGAUGUGCCUCUACAAAUCUAUGAGUGGCCCUACGAGCGUAGCUAAGCAGUGAAUGAGGAACUCGUGACACAUAGAAUUGUAGGGGGCGCAUGUACACGUUUCGCUAUAAGGGUGCUACGAGCUACGGCGUAGCUCACGAAGCGUUUCUUGAUAAGUAUACAUAUAAUAUUUUAUAAUUUUUACAGUACAUAUGGUGCUACUUUAUAGCACUAGUGCGAAAAUUAGCAUAUUACGUUACUGUGUCGAACAUUUAAAGGGCCAUAUGUACUGUAAAACGUUGUACGUUACAUGUGCGAAUAGGCAAUUCGCAACUCGUGUCGAUUUAAAACAUUUCCUUCGGUCGUGUUUCAAUUUAUCGCCACUCGUUUCGAAUUUCCUAUUUUUCGCACUUGUAUCGUAAUGUACUAAUAUGUUAUUGUCAGAAGAGUAGAAUAUUAUUCUAGGGCUGAUGUUUAGUAAAAUAAGAUCUUUAGAUUUAGAAUUAAUUUACUUAUUGUAUUAUUAAUACAUUUAUUUUAAACGUUGUUGCACAUAAAAAAGAGUACAACAGGCGAACUUAAUGCCACUAGACAUUCUCUACCAAUUGUACCUUACUUAAGUAAAAUGUAUAUGCAACUAUGGAAUUAUUGGAUUUAUUAGUUAUUUCUCGAAUAAGAUUCGUCGGUCUAUAUGUUAAGUUUUAUGUC